AACCCUAAGAUUCCAAACACAAUACUUUUAUUAAAUAAAUUUCCUCACAUCCAUGUUCUAUGGAUUUGAGUACCUCUCUCUCUCUCUCUCUCUCUCUCUUCUGACACCACUCUAUACAAAUUGCCAAAACCUCUUCUGUGUGCUGAUGCAGCAGCUGGCACAGGAAAGUGCCUUUCACAAUAGAGAAAGAGAAAAUUAAACACCUCAUCUAUCUCAUCAUGCACAUUUUGUACUUGAUGAAUUGCCACAACCACCUUUUUGAGUUUUUCUUCUUUCUUCUGAAAAUAACACUGCUUUUUCCUCUUAUUAGCACUUUGAUCUCACUCAGAACAUGAAGAAAAGGGUUGUUACUUGCUAAAAGGCUUAAAGCAGAAAAGUAACAGGUGGUGUUAAUGUAAUGAUGGAAUGAAAUCUUUUCUCUCUGUAGUAGGAUAAAAGGGUGUAGAAAGGUGCUUUGUGGAGCCUUUGGGAAUGAGCAUUCCAAAAGGGUAUUAAAAGUUGAAGACUUUAGAAAAAGUUUUGAACUUGUGGGUGAGAAAACAAAGGUUCCAAGUUCUAAAAGGUAGAAGAAGAUUUGAAGCAGCAGCAUAGAAUAGAAAUAGCAAAUAGGGAUUUAAUAAUGCCAACAGUGUGGUUCUCACUGAAGAGGUCACUACACUGCAAAUCAGAUGCAUCAGAAGUUCAUGAUCCUAAAUCAAGGAAGCAGCAAUUGAGCACAAUCUUAACCACAAAGAGGGCAUCAGGUAGGUCAGGAUGCUCAAGGUCCAUUGCAAAUCUCAAAGAUGUCAUCCAUGGAAGCAAGAGGCACAUUGAGAAGCCACCAACUUGCAGCCCAAGAUCCAUAGGUAGCAGUGAGUUCCUCAACCCAAUAACACAUGAAGUCAUCUUGAGCAAUUCAAGGUGUGAACUCAAAAUCACUGGCUAUGGUGGAGGCUUCCAUGAAGGGCUUGGAACUGUUGGUAACAAUGGUAAUAACAACAAUGGUGGUGCUCUUGGUAGUGAAAAUUCAACCUUUGUUGGAACUUUAAGGCCUGGUACCCCUGGACCUGGAGGGCACCCUACAAUGCACUACUUUAACCCUUCUUUUAGGCCUUCAACCACCCCACCAAGGAAAUCUCCUUUCCUUUUAGGAGAUAGUAAUAAAGAAGGGUCUGGCUUCCAUGGUGGUGGUGGUGGUGGUGGUGGUGCUGGAUUUCAUCAUUCAAGCAAUAGAUUGUCUCUUGAGACAGAUUCCAAUGGGGCUUGCACUGUUACUUGUCACAAAUGUGGAGAGCAAUUCACCAAAUGGGAUGCUGCUGAAGCUCAUCAUCUCUCCAAGCAUGCUGUAACUGAACUUGUGGAAGGUGAUUCUUCAAGAAAAAUAGUGGAGAUAAUAUGCAGGACAAGCUGGUUGAAAUCAGAGAACCAAUGUGGUAGAAUUGAGAGAGUGUUGAAAGUGCACAACAUGCAGAAGACAUUGGCAAGGUUUGAAGAAUACAGAGAGAUGGUGAAGAUCAAAGCAAGCAAGCUCCAAAAGAAGCAUCCAAGGUGCCUUGCUGAUGGGAAUGAACUCUUAAGGUUCUAUGGAACCACAGUUGCAUGUUCCUUAGGCCUCAAUGGCUCUUCAAGCCUUUGUUUAUCUGAGAGAUGCUGUGUUUGUAGGAUCAUAAGAAAUGGUUUUUCAGCCAAGAAGGAACUCAAGGGUGGAAUUGGUGUUUUCACCACCUCAACAAGUGGAAGAGCCUUUGAAUCCAUUGAGGUAAUUGAUCAAGACCCUUCACUGAGAAAAGUGUUGAUAGUGUGUAGAGUUAUUGCUGGUAGGGUCCAUAGGCCUCUAGAGAACAUUCAAGAGAUUGCAGGCCAAACAGGAUUUGAUUCUCUGGCUGGGAAAGUUGGUCUUUAUUCAAAUAUUGAGGAGCUUUAUUUGCUCAAUCCUAGAGCUCUUCUUCCUUGCUUUGUGGUGAUUUGCAAACCCUGAAGCAGGAGAAUCAAAGUUCUUAGCAAAAAAGAAUGGCAAUAUUAAAUUGUUGAGUGAUUUUGUGGAUCUAUGGAAUGGAGGGUCCUUUUAUUCAUCUUUUGAAUCCACUUCCAAGUCAACUUGCUUUUUCUUUUUUUGUUAAUUGUAUGAACUUUCUAUCCACACAUUUGUAGUUUUUAGCUAACACUGAAAAUUUUCUUCUGCACAAUGAAGUGCAAAGAGGUAAAUAUUGUAAUUGGUAAUGAAGUCAAACUAAAUGAUCAUUGCAAUUGCUUGGAUA